GAAUUGUUCGAUCGCGACUUCUAGCUCUUCAAUUAAUCUAAAUCAUCGUUCAGUACAUCGUAAGCAACGCGAUUCGCAGGUCACACCGUCAAAUUGUCCAGAAGCAGUCCGUGAAGUGAUAAUAUAAUCCUCAUAAUGAGUUUUGCGGAUGUCGUACAACACCUCCACACAGCAUUCAAUAGUGGAAAGACUAGAAAUGUUGAUUUCCGGGAAAAACAACUCAAUAGUCUGCUUCGUAUGUACGAGGAAACACAUAUCGAAAUGGCCCGAGCUUUAGCGUCCGAUCUGAGAAAGCACAAACAGGAAGCCUAUGUGAUGGAGAUCGAGUUCCUAAUGAAUGACCUGCGGAAUACUAUUUUCAAUCUACGAGAAUGGGUGAAAACUGAGAAGCCUGAAAAGACGUUAGUAAAUAUGAUGGACGGUGUAUUCAUCUACAAGGAUCCUUACGGCGUGGUGUUGGUUAUGGGCGCUUGGAAUUAUCCGUUGCAACUCAGCCUUGCUCCCGUGGCGGCAGCGAUAGCGGCAGGAAACUGUGUACUCAUCAAACCCAGUGAAGUAGCACCAGCGAGUUCUAAGUUUAUAGCUGAAACAAUUCCAAAAUACUUGGAUCGAGAUUGUUAUCGAGUCGUUGAAGGAGGCGCGAAAGAAACUUCCGAACUACUGCAGCAAAAGUUUGACUACAUAUUCUAUACCGGGUCUGGCCGAGUGGGAAGAAUCAUACAUAAGGCCUGUUCCGCUAAUUUAACGCCAUGUACAUUGGAAUUAGGUGGCAAGAGUCCUUGUUACAUUGACAAAACAGCGGAUAUCGCAAUUUCCACGAAACGGAUUCUGUGGGGAAAAUUCAUCAAUGCGGGCCAAACUUGCAUCGCACCGGAUUAUAUACUAUGCUCCAGGGAGGUACAAGAUCAGUUUGUAAAGGAAGCUAAAUUGGUGUUGAAGGAGUGGUAUGGAGAAAACCCGAAGCAGAGUCCUGAUCUGUGUCGCAUUAUUAAUCAACAGCAUUUCCAGCGACUGAGUAACUUGAUCAAAGGUGCCAAUGUGGCCAUCGGAGGUGAUAUGGACUCGGAAGAUAAAUAUAUUGCACCAACUAUUCUCACCGAUGUGAAGCCAAGUGAUCCGGUGAUGCAGGAUGAAAUUUUUGGUCCUAUCUUGCCGAUUUUAAUAGUGGAAAACGCCUACGAGGCAAUUAAGUUCAUCAACGCCAGAGACAAAGCUUUGGCAAUGUAUAUAUUCAGUAAGAACGCGAAGGAUCGAGAAUUAAUCAUUGCCAAUACUUCCUGUGGUGGAAUAUGUAUCAACGAUGCUUUGGGACACUUUGCAGUUGAAUCCCUACCUUUUGGUGGCGUUGGACCAAGUGGAAUGGGAUCGUACCAUGGCAAAUACGGUUUUGACACUUUCACUCAUAAAAAGUCGUGCCUGUUGAAAGAUUUCAACGCCCUCGGAGAAAAGUUGGCUUCCUCGAGAUACCCUCCGUAUUCCGACGGAAAGUUAUCUUUUCUAUCGACGGUUCUAAAGAAACGGCAGAGCUUCUCCAUAAAAUUCUUACCAUACAUACUGAUGUUUGGCAUUGGAGUUGCGUCCACAUUGAUGGUGAAAUGUUUUUCAGAGGAACGUGUCUAGAAUGAAAUAAUGCUAAUGGUGAACAAUUAGAAGCGUUUCAAAACGUGUACAUAGUAAGAGGAAAGCGAAAGCUCCAUUCCAGAUUCAAAUGAACCGUAAAAACUGAAUCCUAUUGUACAACUACCUAAUGCUGAUAAUUUUGUGCUCAUAGAAUGCCGGGUAUGCGUUGCUGUUUUCUCUCCCCGUAUCUGCUAUCCUAAGUUUUUUCAGUGCCAGUAAUUUUUAAUUUCGAUUAUAAUUUAAUUGCAAUCCUAAGAAUUGAAUUAAUGUUGUGCCUUUAAA